AUGUUGAGAGAGGGACACAGGAGGAGUCCUAGGAUAUCUGCUUUGGAUGUAUGGAAGGCUCAGCCACCGAGGAGGACCACUGUUGCUAAAAAAACUAGGCUUAGUAGGAGCAUUACUAGCACUAGCACUAGUACCAGUACUGCUGCUAAGGUACAAGACAAGGAGUUAGAGCAGCAAAAAGAAUAUCAACCUGAGGGUCCAGCCUGUAGGACAAGGGCUAAGAAAAAGAAGAAGCUUAAACCACUUCAAGAUGUGGCUUCUACUCCCAAUGUUCAACAGGAGUCCAAGUCAAGUGAUGCAUCGGAUGACAGAGAGCUAAGUGAUGAAGAUCAUCCAAUCAAUAUUGAUGAACCCAUUUUGCAGAAUAAAGAUAGCCCAAAACAGAAAGGACAGGCUAACUCUCCAGGAGAGAUACCCAUGAAAUAUUUGCAGAGCCAGUUGACCCAAAUGAGGUUGGUAUUUGAUCAGAAGUUUCCUUAUGUAUCAAGAAUGUUGUCCUUUAUUAAUCGUAUUUAUGGAAUUGCUGCUAAUAAGGUUGAGGAGUACUAUGAAAUCAUCCAAGAGCCUAUGGAUUUCGGCACCAUGAGGGCUAAGCUUCAUGAAGGAAUGUAUAAAAGUCUUGAACAAUUUGAGCAUGAUGUGUUUCUAAUAUCCGGAAAUGCAAUGCACUUUAAUUCCUCUUCCACCAUUUAUUUCAGACAGGCUCGUGCCAUAGAUGAAUUAGCUAAGAAGGUUUUCCAUGUUCUUAAAACUGAUCCCGAGAAUUUUGAACUGGAAUUCUCGGGGACAAGACGGCGAAGUGGUAGAAGGCCCCAACAUGAAGUCAAGGGUUCGACUUAUAGCUCAUCCCCUAAGGUUGCAGCGAGUUCAAAAUCCAGUAAUACUGCAGUCCAUGUAUCUCCAAAGCCCAUCCCAUGUUUAACAAGUUGUUCAUCAAGUCUAAAAAGAGCGGUCCGAAUGCACUCUGGAUGCUUGGGCAUUACUACUCAUUCUGAUGCAAGAGAUGACGAAGUACUUUUUGGUUCUGGAGAUGGUAAAAGAUUUGGUUCUUCUGAAACAGAUAAGCGCUCAACAUAUAAACCAUGGAUGUCCUUCCUAGAUGAGAACUUUCCAAUUAUUUCAUCAAUUUAUGGUAAUUCAAAGCCACUAGUGCAUGUGAAUCAGCAGGAUACUGCCUAUCGUAAAAGCUUAUUGUUGUUUGUUAAAGACUUAGGACCAACUGCCCAAAUGGUUGCUAAACGCAAGUUAAAUGGAUGGGCGACGACAGCUGCCAAUUUUCCAACUCCAGGUUCAAACUUUUGGCUUCAGGCACCAAACUGUCAAAAUUUUGCAGCAUCAACCUCUGCUCAGUGCUCUCCUUUUGAUGCUACAAUCACUGCUGCAUGCCAAAAUCUAAGCCGGGGUGACAGGAUAGACAUGUUUGAUGUUGAUAAAGGACUGGGAAUGCAUUGGACUUCAGGGAAAGGGGAACCAAAUGGUAAUUGUUACAGUAACUUUGGUGCCAUUAGAAGUGAGGCUUCAUUUUGCAAUGAAAUGGAUGUUGCCGGUGUCUCAAGGAAUGAAAAGCCUUCCCAAUAUCAAAACGGUGGCCUUCAAUGGGGUUCACAUUCAUCCAUCACCAAUGCCAGAGAUCUGAAUCUUUUAGCUGCUGGUUUAAAUAAAAAGGAUAAUGGAUCGGCAAUGUGGAAACAGGAGAAAAGCAAGAUAGAUAACAAAUCACAACCAUUGGUUUCAGGUUUCAAGGACUUUAAAUCAAAUGCUUUCGAAAGCAGGUUGAGUGAUACUCACAGUUUAUCACCAUCUUCAUGGCCCCUAAAAACCACAGGCAUGUCAAGUUUUAAUCGAAAUAUUGGCAAUGCACAUAUUUCAAGUACACAAUGUCUGAGAAGGGAUGAUCAAGCACUAGCUCCUCAAGUUCCAAAUCAUGGACUUGGCAGUUCAUCUGAGACAAUUCAGGCCUUGAAACCAAGCGAACAAUUGACACCUGUUUCUGGCCAUUUCAUCUUUGAUCUGCCAUUUUUAAAGACACAGCUUGACCAGGUAAAUUCUCUGGGGCAGAAUAGAUUUUCACAGCAUGGUUCAGGCAUGCAGGGACCUUUUCUGAACAGAAUAGGUGAGACUUACAAUGAUAACCAUCCACACUCCUCAUUGAAUACUCAGCAUACUAACUUGGCUCUUCAGCUGUAA